AGGAAGGCUAAAUAGGGCGGACACAUAAAAACGGCAAGGGGCAAUAGAUGCUUGAUCAGUUGGAGAGUCUGUUCGCGCAGUGUGCCGCCCCAUGAACUUCUGGAAAUGGGAAACCCGCUGCAAACCUACGCUGCUUCAAACCGCCUCCGUCUCCGGCCAUCGUCUCUCUCGACUCUUGUUUUUUAGAGGGGUCGUUAAGGAAUUAAUGAUCCGAAGGAACCACCGUACUUCUCCAUAAGUUCAUUCGGCGUUUUCAGUACAUGCUUUACACCUGGACUUCCAUUGCAUGGGGAGAGCUCGCACUUUCUUUUGUCAUAUUUACUUUUCUCGAGGAUACUACCUGUACCCCUACUAAUGGAACAGGGUCACUCCAACGCUCUCAAGCAGCCCACCAGCACCACGUAACAUUUCCUUGAGGAACGCGACCAUUGCCGGCUCCCAACAAACAUGGACUGUUUUCCCAUGCUUUAUUUUCUGUCGGUAAGUGGACCAGGCCAAAUCAAUGAAUGCCAUGUGACACCAUUGCCACAUCUUUCUGCAUUUCUCCCUUUUCUUUUCUCAGGAAUUUGUCAUAUUUUACAUUUAAAUGACUAGAUUAAUAAAAUGGAAGAGCUUCUAGUCUGACUUUUGUAGAGGAAUUGUUGGUGAAAUGUGUGGCACAUGGUCCUUUGUUUGUCUUUGAUUGGUCGAGGUAGACUGAGGGACUGGGCUCCUUAUCGAGUUAAGAAUUUGCUUUGACCCCUUGGCUGUUUCUCCUAUUUGUCUAAUCAUAGUGGAGGAGGGAAAGAGAGGAAGAGAGAGAGAGAAGGAGGUAGAGGGAGGAAGAGAGAGAGGAGGGAAGAGGAAGGGUAACAGGAAUGGCCCCCAGAUUCUGUUCAAAAAGCUGUGUUCUUCAACCAGCUGUUUACUCUUGGAGGAUGUUGCAACAUAUAAACUGCAUAGGGGGGAUAUCUGAUCGUAGGCCAUUUUACUGUAAACAAGCCAGACAGGACAAUUAUAACCAAUUAGAGAACAUUUACAGUGAAAACACUAGUGAAGGGUCCAAUAGGGUGGAGGUUAUGUUGGAAAAGAAGGAGAUAUAGUAAGGGUAGACAAAUAUAGAAUGUCACUUAAAACAGCGGUUUCUUUCUUUCUUUUUCCUCUCUCUCCCACACUCCCCACUUAUCUCUUUUUGCUCUGUUUUUGCCUUCUCAGAGACAUCAUGAUUCCUGGUAAUCGAAUGCUGAUGGUCAUUUUAUUAUGCCAAGUCCUGCUGGGAGAGAGCAACCAUGCUAGUCUGAUACCUGAGGAAGGGAAGAAGAAAGCCCCGGACCUGCAGAGCCGGACUGCUGGUCAGAGCCAUGAACUGCUGCGGGACUUUGAGGCCACGCUGCUGCACAUGUUUGGACUGCGGAGGCGACCGCGGCCCAGUCGCUCGGCCACUGUGCCACGCUACCUGCUGGACCUCUACCGGCUGCAGUCGGGCGAGGCUGAGGAGGCCGGCACCCACGACACCGGCUUUGAGUAUCCUGAGAGGUCGGCUAGCCGCGCCAACACCGUGAGGGGCUUCCACCACCAAGAGCACAUGGAGCCGGUUCAUCCGGGCGAGCCUCAGACGAAGAACGGCGAGGCCAUCCCACUGCGCUUCCUCUUCAACCUCAGCAACAUCCCAGAGGAUGAGCUGCUCUCGUCGGCCGAGCUGCGUCUGUUCCGGCAGCAGAUCGACGAGGCCAUUACGGAAAGCGAGGGGGACAAGGAUCAGCUCCACCGGAUAAACGUGUACGAGGUGCUGAAGCCCCCGCGGGCCGGGCAGCUAAUCACGCGGCUUUUGGACACACGGCUGGUGCGCCAUAACACCUCACGCUGGGAGAGCUUUGACGUGAGCCCCGCCGUGCUGCGCUGGACACGGGAGCACCUGCCCAACUACGGGCUGGCCGUAGAGGUCCAGCACCUCAACCAGACACCGCGCCACCAGGGCCGUCACCUGCGCAUCAGUCGCUCGCUGCACCAGGACCCCGGUGAGGACUGGGAGCAGCUACGCCCCCUGCUGGUCACCUUCGGGCAUGACGGCAAGGGCCACCCGUUGACGCGUCGGGCCAAGCGCAGCCCAAAGCAGCGGGGGCGUAAGCGCAACCGCAACUGUCGCCGUCACGCUCUCUACGUGGACUUCAGCGAUGUGGGCUGGAAUGACUGGAUAGUGGCGCCCCCAGGGUACCAGGCAUACUACUGCCAUGGGGAGUGCCCCUUCCCCCUGGCAGACCACCUGAACUCUACCAACCACGCCAUCGUUCAGACGUUGGUGAACUCGGUGAACACCAACAUUCCCAAGGCCUGCUGCGUGCCCACGGAGCUCAGUGCCAUCUCCAUGCUCUACCUGGACGAACAUGACAAGGUGGUCCUAAAAAACUACCAGGAAAUGGUUGUGGAAGGGUGCGGCUGCCGCUAACACUGACUAUGGGCAACUUGAGGCAGGCUGCACGGAUGCUAAGAAAAUUCAAAAGGCCCCACCUUACUCCCAAAAAUAUUCACUUGGACCCUUAUUUAUAACUUUUCUGUUGAGACGUAUGUUCGUCAUUUUUUCUCUCUCUUGACAAUAUGAUCAUAUAUUUUGACAAUAUAUAUAUAUAUAUAUAUAUUUAUAUCUACAUAUAAAAAACAAGUGAGUCCUUAUUUUAAACAUAAAUAAAAAGCUGUACAACUUUUCAUAAUGUAUAUUAGAUUGUAUAACGGUUUUUUAAAUGAGAAAAUAGUUUUUUUUAAAUCUAAAAAGUAAAGUUUAUUUACUGGUAAUAUUUAUUGCUUUGAUAUUAUACACAUACAAAAAAUAAAAACAAAUUGCCUUCCAAUAUUACAUUGUUGCAGAUCACAAGAAACACCAAUUGUGUACUUAAAUUAGAGCACUGUGUGAAAUUAUCACUUUACUGAUUUGUUAUGAAUUAGUUGAAGUAUCAGAAAUGUACAUUGAUUUUAAUUAACCUUUAUACAUUGCUCUUUAAACCAGUUAUUUUAUUAGAUAGGUCCCUUAAGUUGGAAUCAGUUUUUUAUUAUUUUGAAAAAAUCUGAUAACAUGGGUUGUGAAAAAUGAAACGUUGACAGGAAAAGUCCUCAUGACUGUUUUAUAUGAAUUUGAAUUGAACACAUUUGCAUCUGAUACUUAGCCCGAUGGCUAUUUGAAAAUGUACUCAAGUAAUUGUUGCAAUUCAUGAUAACAGAGGAAUAUUUCUGAUGCUCUGUUGCUUCCAAAUAAAAUAAUGUUCGGUUUCA